UUUAAUAAGUCCUUUUAUAUGGAAAAACCAUUAACUUGUGAGUGAGUGAAUCAAUGGCUUCUCUUUCCCCCAAAUUAAGCUUUUUAAUUAUCGUAUCAAUGGCUUCCCUAACCAUAACCCUAUCCCUUGAAAUCCCAUUAUCAUAUUCAUCCGUACAAGCAGAAGAAAAGUCCACAGACUUUGGGUACUUCGUCCUCUCCCACCUAUGGCCUGCCACCUCCUGUCGCCAGUCCCGCCAUUGCUGCCCCACCAACGCUUGUGCCGAGGCUCAAAUGCUCCAACUGAGUUUACAAUCCAUGGGUUGUGGCCAAACUACAAUGAUGGAACAUGGCCUGCCUGCUGCACCAAGAAGAGUUUUGAUGAGAAAGAGGUUUCAACAUUACUUGGUGCUUUAGAGAAGUAUUGGCCAACUUAUGGUUGUUUUCCAUAUAUCACCUGUGAUGGCAGUAACGGAUCAUUUUGGGCUCAUGAGAGAAGCAUGGGACUUGUUCCUCUCCAGUUGUUUGGGAUGAAUACAAUUACUUUUUGACUACCCUUAAUCUCUAUUUCAAAUACAAUGUCACAAGAAUCCUUAAUGAAGAAGGAUAUGUGGCUUCUAAUACUGAAAAAUAUCCACUUGGGGGUAUCAUUUCUGCAAUUCAGAAUUCUUUCCAUGCAACCCCAUGGUUGGUUUGCAACCAUGGAGCGAUAGACGAACUUCGUCUAUGCUUUUACAAAGAUUUUAAGCCUCGAGACUGUCCGACUGAAUCAACUCAAAAUGACAGAGUUUCUUCAGGUUCAUGUCCUGAUUAUGUCAGCUUACCAUUAUACGUGCCAUUAGGGGUUGGAAAUGGCACUGCUGAAACUCCUAUUCCAUUGGUUCAUGAAGCUGUUGAAGAAUUUGGAAGCAUGUAAAUGAGAAGAUCUCAAUUGUAAAACUCAGAAAAUGUUGUGAGUAUUACAAUGAUGUAAUUUAACAUUUUGAGUACAUUUAACAUUACUCAAACAUGAAUAUGUAAAAUACUAGUAUUUUCCCAAGUCAUUGAAAAUUGAAUUAAAUCUUUACUUGUGUUUCAAAC